GUGUACAUGGCCUUAGCACAGCCUUCUAUCAUUUAGCCAGGACGUAAGUAUGUGAGAGCCGUAGAAUGCAAUUCAGUCAACACACACUACGCCAAGAUAGGGAUGGCGCCCGCAAUGAAGAUCCACCUGGCACGUACCCGUGUCUCAUCUCAACCUCCAGCUCACCCAUAAUGUCUCUCACCAAUCACUGCCAUUGUUCCUCUCCCAUCCGGUCUGACCAAGAGCAUGUCGAGUCCUGCGCGUGACCCUGUGCCAAAAAACUACAAAGACGAAUCCAAUGACGCCCCAAACCGGGAUUCUGCUGAUACGGACAUUGACCUUGAGGAAGCGCAGUUGCUGCUGAGAGAAGAGUUCGAUUUCGAAGACAAUGACCUCGCAACCCACCACCCAACACCCAAGCCGGUGGGCUUCCUGAGCCUACUCGCGGGCCCCCAGCCCCCGCGGCCCCAGAAAAUCACGCCCUGGUUUCCAGCCAUGCAAGACGCGCCCGCGAGACUACUGAAUAAGAUCCUGCCGCGCACAGCGCACCAGAGCCUCUUCCUCAACGCUGUCCUGGUGCUCUGGUUCCUCUUCUUCGUCGGCCUUCUCACCUCCGAACUGCCCACGGUCGACGGCGACGGGAAGCACGUGGUGAACCUCGACUGCACUGACGCCCUCUGGAAGCGCAAGAACGAAUGCGGUCUCGACGGCGUCAACUGCCACCCCUUCGCCAACACGUCGUUUGCGUUCCGCUGUCCCCCCAAGUGCGCGGAUGUGCGGCUGCUCAACCCGCAUGCCGUGGGACCGCUGGAUGUGAAUUACCGGCCGCUGGUUGUGGGGAGUGGGGUGUAUCGCGGCGACAGUUUUGUGUGUGGCGCGGCGAUUCACGCGGGGAUUGUUGAUGGGGGGAAGGGAGGGUGUGGGCGCGUGAGGCUUGUGGGUGAGCAGAGCGGGUUUAAAAGUGAGGAGAAGUUUGGGAUUGAGUCCAUUGGCUUUGAUUCCGAGUUUCCGCUCUCGUUUAACUUCACAUCGGCGGAUGAGGAUGGGUUUCGGUGUAGCGGCGAGCCGCGUUCUGCGCUGCUGGCUAUGUCGCUGCUGGCGACCACUGUGUUGUCGCUUUUCUCGUCGAAGUCGAAGGUUUUCUUUCCGAUCUUUGUUGUCAUUUUCGCGCAUGUCAGUUUCGUGUCCGAUCCACCGCAGGCCUCUUAUCGUAACAUCACGGUUCUUCCCGACCACCUCUCGAUGUUCGCGAAGCGAUUGUUGCCGGCGUUCUUCGUCGCCGUAGUCAUCUGGAAGACUGUGGUGCAGCGCACAUUGUCCGGGCUGGACGCACCUGUUGAGAAGACAGUACUCUGGCUAGGAGGAUUCUGGAUCGGCGCCCUGUCCAAUUAUACGUUUGACUGGAUCCCCAUUUCACGACUCACCGCGCACGACCUGGAGCAGCAACCAGGGGCCAAGCUGGCUCUGGCCGUUAUCAUCGGAGUCAUUCUAGUCAUUGCCGUGGGUCAGAUUUGCUACUUCUGGCUCGAGGGACGGCUGCUGACGUAUCUUGGGCUCUAUGGACUGUUCGUUUUCGGCAUCGUGUUUUGUUUGGCAAUUCCUGGCGUCAAUCUCAGGAUUCACCACUAUAUCAUUGGGCUUUUACUGCUUCCGGGGACGAGUAUGCAGACACGGCCGUCGCUUGUCUAUCAGGGUAUAUUGCUUGGUCUGUUCGUCAACGGAAUAGCGCGCUGGGACUUUGACUCUGUUCUGCAAACCGCCGCGGCGCUGCGAGAAGAUGGCAAAUUCAACUCGGUACUCCCGAUGAUUCUCGAGCCUGCCAUUGCAUACAGCAAUUCGGAAGGCUUCGUGGCAUCGUUCUCUUGGAAGUUUCUACCUGCUGGCGUGGAUGGCAUCAGUGUGUUGGUAAACGAUGUAGAGCGCUACCGUGGGUUCCUCGACGAGAAACCCGACGGCGACAUGUUCAAGUGGCAGCGGUUACCAGCCGAUGGGAUGGACGAUUACUUCCGCUUCGCGUUCAUCCAGAAUGGGCGCACGCUGGACUACUCGAAGGCCGGGACGCUUCGCGUCAAUGGUACCUGGGUGACGUAAGUGUGAUUCUUCAGGGGUCGCUUCAAUCACCGUUUGCACUUCGGGUGUCGUUGCUAUAUGGCAGUCCAAAACGGAAGUAGCAAACGACAGGCAGUCAGGCAACAGCCAAGUGCUGAGAACAAGGGUCAAACACUUUGCAAGUGGCUCAGGGCUGCCGAUCUUUUUCAGGGCUGCGAACCUCACCUCCACACCACUCGGCUCUUGGAAACCGUAACACCAACACCGACAUAAUCGAUAUUGUAAGUCAUGCUGCGCUUCA